GCGCCUGUGCCUGGCGGGCAUAGAGAGUCCCAAUCCAGCGCGCGUUCCUUCCGUGUUCUGCCAUAUCUCCAUCCUGAUCCCGAAUUCCGUGCCGGAGCCGGAGCCGAAGCGGAAUCUACGGUAGAAUAUAUAUAUACCAGCCGAAUAGAGAGGAGAAGAUCACAAAUCACACACAACCCUAGCAUAGCCAGCCUUUCUUCGUCGAUUCGAUUCGAUCUCUCUCUCUCUCUCUAACAUUAAUCGCCAGGCCAGGAAAGAAGACGAACAAGAUCCAAUCCAUUGUUGGUGGGCAUGGCAAUGGCAAUGGCAGGAGCAGCGUUCCUUCGAUCUGUCGCUGCCAAGACGGCGGCCCGCGCACCGCCUCGCCUUCCAUCUGCACUGGAGGAGCGCCUCCAACACCAUGGCCUCCUCCUUCCAACGAGCUCCAAUCGCCUCUGGCUUUCUAGAUUCUAUACAUCUACUGGUUCCACGGGGCCAACCAACCGCAGGGGUCCGCAAACUCAUAACAAGGGAUUUCUCAAUGACGAGGAGUGGGACCGUGUAAAAGUUGCAUUCAUAGAAGCUGCACCCGGCGCAGCUGUCCUCUCGGUGAUCGUUGGCUACGGUCUUAUGCGUACUCUUUGGCGCCAUCCGGCACCGGACCACAGUAGAGAGGCCGACACGGAUGCCAUCUCGGUAAAAAGGCCGGCCAGGAUGGUAGAGAUGCAGCAAGAAAAUGAAAGGCUACGUGACAUGGAUGCCAUCUCGAUGGAAAGGUCGGCCAAGAUAGUAGAGAUGCAGGAAGAAAAUGAAAGGCUACGUGCGGCCUUGCUUGAUUGUAAGCGAAGUCUGAUUGAAACGUAUGCAGCAAUAACCCGAGCAUCUAGGACAAAGUAAGAAGCAUGUUUGAUGCCAAGCUUAGGUGGCUUAAGAUGAUCGUUGGAGACAACAAGAGUUCAAACUAUCCUUGGAAAGAAAGGAUAAGGAUGACAAGAAAAGAUACGGAACUGACAAUGGAGGUCAGAGAUGAGCAACAUAUGUGCGAUUUUUUGUUUUUGUUUAUGAUAAUGGAUUAUGAGAGACAAAUGUGUAUCUUCUCCUUUGUUAAGCGGUGACAAAAUUGGUCUGUGAUGGCGUCUGUUAAC